ACAGAGCUGCACUGUGCAGGACCACUGACACAGCUUAUUUGAAAAGGACACAUAUACACACAUUCACACAUGCAAACAGCACUGUCCCUCCCACAGGCCUUUCACCAUAUUUCCUGUGUAAUCUAACAAGCGCCUUUGAAAAACAUGCACUUCAACUGUUAGAGUAUGUGAUGACCAGUCACUCACGGUGCUGUGAUAAUGAGAUCUCUCUUGCUGAUAGGCAUUGUGGGAUUAUGUAUCCUAACAACUGUGCUUUCCCUGAAAAUUUGUGCCUUUAACGUCCAAAGCUUUGGAGAAGCAAAAGCCAACAACAAAAAAGUGAUGAGGAUUUUGACAAAGAUAUUUUCCCGCUGUGAUCUCACUUUGAUCCAGGAAGUGCGAGACUCCAAAGGUAAAGCCAUUCCUGCACUGCUUAAGAACCUAAACAGGUUUGAAAAAAACAAUGUGUACUCUCAUUUAGAGAGUCAAAGACUGGGAAAGAACACAUACAAGGAGCAGUAUGUUUAUAUUUAUAGGAAAGAUGUAUUGCAGGUUCAGGAGCAAGCCUAUUAUCACGAACUGAAACAGCCAGAGCUCAAUGACACAGAAAUGUUCUCUAGAGAACCGUUCAUCAUAAGGAUCCACUCACCCACAACCUAUGUAAAAAACUUUAUUAUCAUUGGUCAUCACUCAUGUCCAAAGAAAGCCAUGAAUGAGAUGGAAGAACUUUUUGAAGUCUUUCAAGCUAUCAGAAAGAAGUGGAAAACUGAGAAUGUGAUGCUUUUGGGAGAUCUGAAUGCUGACUGUGGCUAUAUCACUAUUAAAGGCCUGAAGAAACUAAGACUAAGAAAUGACCCAAAGUUCCUUUGGUUGAUUACUGAUGAACAGGACACCACUGUUCGUGACAAAACACACUGUGCUUAUGACAGGAUAAUUGUACAUGGAAAAACACUGAUUUCAGGGAUUGUACCAGACUCAGCUCAACCCUUCAACUUCAAAAGCGAGUUCACUUUAACAGAACAAGAGGCUUUGGAAGUCAGUGACCACUAUCCAGUUGAGGUUGACCUAAAGUCCAGUCAUCACCACCACCUCCGGAAUGAGCUCUGAACAAAAAACCUACACUGUGUGUUGUUUUAAUUUAAAAUUUCAACCCAUCCUUUCAGUGAACUUUGAACCCCUUUAAAAAUCUGGGUUUCCAAUUGCUACAAACUAUUUUAAUAAUCUAUUGAAAUGUCCAGGCAUGCAGUCAUUUUUUCUAUUAUUUUCAUCUUUUUAUUUCUAUUCUUUGUUUCAUUUUCUGAAUCCAUAGUAUAUAUCUCAGAUCCUCAUUAUAUAUUUCUUUGGGUAAUGCUCCCAACAAACACACUAAUGGAUCUAGGAGUAUCUCCAUUUCUAAUAUCUUGUCUUUUUUCCCAGAACCCUUGAAAUAUCAGACAAUCCCAAAAAAUGUGUGAGCUCCUAUUUUUAUGACCUUGUUAUUUUAAUGCUUUUAUACAGCUGUUUCAACAUUGGUGACUUGUAAUAAAAUAGUUUACCCAUUA